UGCCGUACAAGAAAUGAGCACAGAGUGGCGCUAUUCAACUUCUACCUGAGUGUAAAUUGAGGGGCGCCAACAAGGUGCUCGACAGCAAACUUGUCCCCUAUUUCAAGAGUUUGAACGAACUUACAAUAUUUCCCGUGCCCUCGAUAUGGUUUAUUGGUCAUUCCUUACCUUGUGGUUGCUGUUUGCUUCCUACCAAGGAGGGAAGCCGCCAUUACGGAGAGCCUUUCCUCCAUUCCCGAGGCCUUUAACCCUGGCAAACCGGAGCAUGGCGAACAUUUUCCCAAGGGAAAGCUCGACUUUGCCGCAAGCUUACCUCAACCUACCCGUGUUCGUCCACUCCAAGAUGCCGCCGCUGGAGAAGCACCACUUGUCCCCGGCCAGAGGCAGCGGCCUGGAGCCUCUACCCGAGCCCGUCCGAGAGCGCCUGCUCCCGGCGAAGACUGGCUGGGGGCUAUCGGGCCCUUCGGAUGAACACUCCGUGCGGACGUUGUGCACAAUGAACAAAAUGCUGGUGCGGGUGUCAAAGAGAAUUCUGGGCGAUGGCGAAAUAAAUUCUCAGCUCAAACUGGGAACAUGCCAGGCAAAAAAGUCGUCGAAGAAUUACGUUUAUUUUCUAAAUCAUCUCAACGAGUGUGGAACCAAACGCCAGAUGAUUAAUGAUCAGAUGACCUAUUCAAACACACUGCAGUAUAACCCAGGGAUGAUUCAAGGGCCCAUAAGGAGAUCAGCGCCGUUUGCGUUGGCCGUUGCCUGCAAUUACACAAGGUAUCAAUAUUCUUACAAAAUUGGCUAUCUUCCAAAGAUGCGCAUGCGCCACAUCUUCAAACCAAUGAGGAACAGAGUCAAUUUCAUUCUGACGCCACGGAACGCUCAGUGGCAAAGGCUCGCCCCAUUGGAUCGGUACGUGCUCGGCGAGCCCAUGUUCUUCGAGGCCGAGGGUCCGACCAUUCCUCAGGACAUGAGGCUGUAUGUGCACUCGUGUUACGCCACACCUAAUAAGUCAAGCACCUCAACGCCUCAAUUCACGGUGGUGAAAGACUUUGGGUGCAUGAUUGAAAGCAAGUACAGCCGCUCCAGAUUCAUCCCCUACAAGAACAACGUUGUCCGAUUUUCCGUGGAUGCGUUCUUGUUCCAAGGAAUGCCGGAACAGCUCUACAUGCACUGCACCAUGUCGGCAGAAAGUGACGUUCCCACCCCGACGGCAAAGUCUUGCAACUACGACACAAGCGUGGGAAGAUGGGUGGAGCUGCAUGGCUGGGACUGGGUGUGCGCCUGCUGUGACUCCAACUGUGGCUCUAGUACUGCUGCAUUGAGUGAAAUAACUAGCAGCAGAGGGUGGAAAGUGCAGCCCAGAGGGCAAUUUUUCAAAAGCCACAAGAAGAAGAGAUUGUUCUCCUCUUCCAAAACGACGACAGCAGCUGCAUCAGUUGCGAAGACCACCACUGAGGCCAUUCGAAGGUCAACCACACCAUGGUCUGAUCCAGUUUUAGUCACAGAUGAUAACGCUGAGGUCAAGUGGCCGUUUGGAGGCGGAGUAGUGGAGUGGGUGGAAGAGGAAGAGGAGCAGCGGGUGAAAGGCAACGCCGUUGUGGAGGAGGAUGUCCCGGAAGGUCAUCGAGCCUUUGAAGAGUCUGAAGUGCAAGCUACCAAAAAAUCCAAGAUGAAGAUGCCCCGCACCCCCACAGCGCUGCCGCCAAUACAGAAGGCCACUACAGAGACGACGAAUCCUGAAGUAAUGGGUAAGGUGGCGGACUGGGAAUGGGAGGAGAAGAUGAAGGGUUCUGCUGUGGUGGUGGAGGUCAAAGAACGUCGCCGAACUUUUGAAGAUAUCUUCGACUUUGGCGAAUAAAGCUUAACGUCUCAACCACA